CACUCCCUCCAAGUAAAGCCACACUCAGGAAGGUCUUUGAGAACACCAGUGACCUCAGUCCUCUGCAUCCAUCUCUCCAUCCCUGAUGAUAAGAGAGAUGUUGACAGUGCAGUAGAGUACUAUGUACAGAGUACAGAUCCAAUGAAAAUGAGAAGGAUGAUAUUCUGUCUGGACCGGAUUGGAGACACAGUUCUAGCAGACUCAUUGAUGGAGUAUGCAGAGCCCCCAGCAGAUCCAUCCCUCAAUCCACACCUCCUCAUACCAGUCUUUACUGCCAUAUCUGGAGACUGGGGGAGAUUGCUGGCUACACUACAGUACCAGAUGCCAGGGCUGCUCUCUUCCGUGAGAAGUUCAGAGAUCGUGAUCAAGUCACUGCUGAGGCUGGGAAGUACUACGCUCUCUAUCAUCAUGAUCCCAGCUGGAAAGACUUAUCCCUCAUCUCUAUGCAGCAGGAGAAACAAAGGCUGUGGGGAUUGCCAAACCUCACGUACAGACUGUGACUGACCCCAGCCUGACUCCAGCCAACAUCCUACAAGUCACACGCCAUGUCCCACUGUGGAGGAGUGGGAUUCCUACACUAUCUUACAUGCCACGCAGCCAGCAUGAUGAGAUAGUAGGAAAGUUUGAUGAUGAUGAGGAGGCGAAACGAGAAUUGAUCACUACAUGGCUGGCCGGUCACCCCUGGCC